AUGACUAUCAUUGUUCGACCGGCCACCCACGCAGACCUGCCCCAAGUCCGGGAGAUCUUUGAGCACUAUGUCCUAAACACGGUUGUAUCGUUCCUGGUGCAGCGGCCGCCUCCUGAUUACAUCCAAGGCCGGUUUCAAGACAUUACUUCCCGAAACCUCCCGUAUCUGGUGGCCGUCGAUGACGGUGGUCAAGUCCUCGGCUACAGCUAUGUCAGUGCGUUUCGUGGCUACAUGCUGGGCUACGGCCACACUGUUGAAUUGAGUCUAUUUUGUCACCCACAACACAGAAAUAAAGGUGUCGGCAGCCAGUUGCUGCAACAACUCCUCCAGACACUCCGCACCACGAAGCAUGUCACCAAGGAGGUCGGCCAUGAAGACCAUCCAGUCGAGUUCGAGGUCAAGAAACUCCUCGCGAUCAUGGCAGUGGACGAGACUGCACCGAACCAGGGUUUAGCCUUGCGAGACUGGUAUCUGAAAUGGGGGUUUGAAGAGGUGGGAAGGUUGAAGGGGGUAGGAUGGAAACAGGGGCGGAGCAUUGACACCAUCUACCUCGAGCUGCAAUUGCAGUGA